UUUAAUCUUUGGUUCAUGCUUGUUGUUGCGUUUGCCUGUUUUAUAAAUAUUAAAUUGUAAACCAAAAGCCUCGUUAGAUUAAUAGUGUUCUGUGAACAAAGCUCUAGCUCUACUAACUUUAAUUGGAAUUAAUUAAAAUGUCCGCUACACAAUGUUCUAUACAGGGCUGCAAAACUUCAAUAUUUAAUAAAGAACCUGGUAUUUCUUUGCACUCUUGCCCUACAUCUAAUGACAUGCGAAAUAAGUGGCUGCACACAUUGAAAAACAAAUGUACUUACCUGGAUUGGUUAAAGAGUAAAAUAUGUUCUAAGCAUUUUCACCGUAAAUAUAUUGAAGCCAAUGGUAGAUUAAAGGCAAAUGCAAUACCGACGAUUUUUAAUGUUAUUCCUGCCAAAAAGCCCUUUCAGAAGUUUGUUAGUACAAGUAAAAAGAUUGAAAAAGGACUUAGUAAUAUGGCACCAUCUGAGCUUAUUUCUGAUAUAAGAAUUUCACUAAGAAAGCUAAAAGAACCAAAUAAUUUAGAUGAAAUGGUGACAGACAACUUGCAAUGGAAAAAUGAAUCUUCUCAAGAAGGAAAAUUAUGGCUUAUAAUAAAGAAACAGGAGAAGCUAAUAGCCACAUUGUCAGAACAAUUAGCUAAAAGUAAAAAUUCUGAAGCUUUGAGGAACAAUAGUCAAGAAAAUAUCAUGAUUGAUAAAAAUGAUCAAACCACUGAAGCACAUAAAAUAUAUACUAUAAAGUGUUUGCAAGAAAAACUGGCAACACUUGAAGAGCAAAUUGAGAUUUUAACAGCAGUAGAAUCAAGAUAAGACCUCUUAAUGUGAUUGAAAUAAAACAAAUUAUUUAACUA